AUGUCAACUUUUCUUAAAAUCAAUCAUUUUGAAGUUUUGCUUACUUCUUCAGAUAAUUAUGGUUUUAUCAAAGUUUUCAGUCUUAGAAUAUUUGGAAACGAUCAAAAAGGUCAUAUGUUAGAACCAAUUCAGAAAGCUGAACUAAACAGGAAUAUUUUAGGAUUUCUUAAUUAUUUGCUUAUUAAAAGGGUCAAUUAUCAUAUUGUCAAAGACUUACCCCGGAUUGAUCAAAUUAAGAAUCUAUCAUUAGCCAGAUAUCAUCAGUUAAGACAUCGUAAAUUAAGUUCCAAAGGUUUCUGUUCAAUUCAGAAAAUGAAUACGGAGAGCCUUGAUGUUGGUUAUAAUAAAAUAAAUACGCUAAAUAUAGAUCAUUUAAGUCCAAAUUUAUUGGUUCUAGACUUAAAUCAUAAUCCAUUAUCAAAAAUAAAGAUAAAAAAUCAAUCAGAAUGGCCAAGUUUGUUAACGUAUCUUGAUCUCUCCAAUAAUAAAUUAAAAGAAAGGGUUAUUGCAAAAAUACAAUGGCCAAAUUCAAUAUUAUAUUUAAAUUUAGAUAAUUCUCGGAUUACUAGUCUAAAAACUUUGAAAACUCUACCAGAAAAUUUAAGAUACUUAAGCUUAAAUUCAUGUCCUAUAAAAACAAUAUAUAAUAAAGAUAAAUCAGAUAAAAAUUAUCUUAAUUAUAAGUUACCAAGUGAAUUAAUCCAGUUAAAUUUGAAUGUCAUUGGUAAAUGCCCACAAAUUGGUCAGAAUAAAGGCUUGAAAAUCGAACUUCCAGCAAAAUUAAUGGGAUUAUCAAUUACUGCCCCACGAUGGAAAUCAUUACGCUGGAUAAAAUUCCCUUCUACAUUACUUAUACUCAAGUUAUAUAAAGUAGAAUUAGAUACUUCAUCAUCAUCAUUUGCUUCAGAGAUUUCCGAUAUUAGUAAUUUGCAACAGCUUAAAAUUACUGUAACUCGAGAUUAGAUUAUCUUUAGGAUCAAGGAUUCAUUAAUAUUGUGCCAGGUGGAAGUCGUCUACUUGCCCCCUUAUUUAGAGUCACCAAAUUCAUAGAUGUUUAUGACAUAUUCAGAAGUGGUUUGAGAGAUGAUUAUGAUGAAGAAACCUUACUUGCAUUACAAUUGUAUAAUAGUUCUUAUAGGUAUGAUAAUGGGUUUGAUAACUGUUUUCGCAGACAGCUUGCUUGUGGUCCCUCUGACCUAUAUAUAGGAUGCUCGACGCUCAGAUACUGGGGAAAAAACAUAAUUUUUAGACCUGCUCCACUCUUGAAAUGUUGCUAAAUAUGAGGAAAAUAAUGUUAAUUAUGGGUUCAAUAUCACUUCAC